GCGUAUCGUAGCACCAGCGUCUCGUAGCGGAUCGUAGUACUGCUUGUACUGUUCACCCUGCCGCGCGCUUCAGUAAGAUCAUUUGGUGUUUCACUCACUCGGGUGCCGAUCGCCUAAGAGCGUGAGUGACGCGUGCGUUCUUCCUAUUAACAAUUCGUAUUCGGUGUUUAGCAAUCUAUUUCGGGUAAACAAAACAGUGUGUGCCGUGCCAGUGGGUUCGUACAAUAUCGCUGUGUAAUGUGACGGUAUGACAAGUGUUUUGAAAAAGUCUAAAGGUACAAAAGGCAAAUCAGAAUCCAUGCAAGAAGAUUUGCCUUCGAGAUGGGGGACCGACUCCCUAGGGAGCAACGAUGAUGGCGCGAAGCUGAUGAAAUAUAUCGAUGACAACAUUAUUGGAAAAGGAAAUGCGUUCUGCGGACCGUUUGGAAGAAGAAAAGUGGUGUACUGCGACUACAGCGGGUCAGGCAGAGCCUUGCACUGGGUCGAGGAAUACGUGUCGCGAGAUGUGCUGCCCACUCACGCCACGCGAUGCACGGCGUUGUCCUACACUUCAGGACAGAGUGAAAUGUACAGAUCGGAGGCCAAAUCGAUAAUCCGAGACGCCGUGGGCGCCUGCUCUGAUGAUGUAGUGGUGCUGGGAGCUUCCUUGACGAGGUUCCUUCGGGCCCUGAGACCGGAGAAGGUGGCCUUGUUUGUGUCUUCCAGAGAAACUGAGAGGCAACUGGCGCCGUGGAAAGAAUGCGGGGCUGAGAUAAUCAAAAUACCAGAAACAAAAGAGGGUUUCAUUGAUCUGAAUAAUCUUGAAUUGAGGCUGCAAGAGAAUUCCGGUACCGGGAAGAGAAUGAUCGGGUUUUUCGCCGCAGCUUCCAAGCUGACAGGUGUCUUAGCGGACGAUGUGGCCACCACUCUUCUUCUACACCAAUACGGAGCCUGGUCCUUUUGGGAUUAUACCCUUGUGGCGCCAUCUUCAGCUGUUGAUAUGAACCCAACGUUCGCUGGCGUAGAAGAUGACAUGGUGAAGAAAGAUGCUCUCUUCUUUGACUGUGAAAAAUUUGUGGGUGGAGUCCAAGGCCCGUACGUAGCCGUGGUCAAAAAGGAUGUAUUUAGGAAUACACCGAUCUAUGCGGAGGAUGUUGAUGUGCUGUCAGAAAGAAUUGAAGAACUAAAGGCGUCAGAGGCAGUGAGAGCAGCAAUAGUGAUGCAACUUCGCGAUGCUGUGGGCUUACAGAACAUAGUCGAUCGGCAGGAUAACAUUACCAGACAAGUCGUGGCGCACAUCAAAAACAUACCAGAGCUGAUAUUGCUUGGCAACGAGUCUUCAACUGGGCGACGGCUACCGAUCUUCUCGUUGAUGGUGAAGCAUACGCGUGGGACCUUUCUCCAUCAUAACUUCGUGUGUGCAGUCCUCAAUGAUGUGUUUGGAAUUCAAGCUAGAGGCGGUCUAAACAGCAAUCUAAACUACGGAUCUGAUGUGCUCGGAAUUGAUGAUCAGCUGCUCAAAGAAUAUGAGAAGUUACUAGAUGUUGAAGCACAAAAAGAAGUUGCACGAGUUAGAAAAUUAAGUGACGUCAAAGCGCCAGAAGUACCAAUACACAACGAAUACCUUAGGCCAGGCUUCUGCAGAGUUUCACUUCCCUUUUUCAUGUCUGAUGCAGAAGUAGCGUUUGUCCUUGAAGCUUUGAAGAUGGUUGCCACUGAAGGUUGGAAGAUAAUGCCCCAAUAUGUCAUUAAUCCCGAAACCGGUCAGUGGAGGCAUCAUACAUGUUCUGUCCUCAGAGACAGAAAAUCACUGUACUCGCUCAAAUUCAAUGAUGGAAAAAUUAGCGCACAUGAAAGACGAGUUUCUGGUCCAGGAAUAUUCCCACAAACAUAUACAGAAUGUCUGCAAACAGCCCGAAACUUAUUCAAUAGAGCUAGAAAGCUUGCAAUGAAAUGCUCGACAGCUGAGCCAGAGGUAUCGUUUAACCCUCGUAUUGACUAUUUGAGAUGGUUCAUGCUUCCAAAGGAAGCUCAUGACCUUCUCUUGGGUCGCUCAGGGAACGUUAAGCAUAUUGUGCCAUUUGAUCCCUCUGGUUAUACCGGAGCAAGAAAGAGUCUACUUGUAUCAAGGUCUUCCAUAACCUCAUCACCAAUUUUUGGAUCAUCUGCGAGACACUUCAGCUUGUCCGCUAUUGAUGACUGCCAUUUAUUUAGAUUGAAGCAAAAGCAGAAAUACUAUUCAAGAGAGUCAAGUCUCAGAGAGAAUCUAGCUGAAUCGAAAGGAAACACACCUCCUGUUCAGUUUGCUGUGGGUGAAACAGUAUCUCCGUUGCGUCUAGUUCCUCAAAUCAACAAGCGACCGGAUUUGAUAAGGUCUAGAUGCUACAGUUUGGGCUCCGACAGCCCGCCUGUUCCACUCAGUCCACAAACGAGAUUGAAUCUAGGCUUAAAAGAAACUAGUCCUAAUAAUGUAAUAGAAAAAACUAGUAGUUUUUGUAAUUGUGGAAGUCAAACUGAUCUUCAGUCAUUAGAUGAUCCCAUGAUCUCACCUGGAAAGGAUUUUCCGUUUUAUUCUAAUACAUCAAUAUCGGACUAUAGUCAGUUUGGUCGUAUGUCUCCUGCUACUUCACUGACAUCACACACAUCAGAGGAUCUCCAAGCGUAUGUCAAAGAAAUGACUAAAGAAAUCGCAACUGAGAUUAAAUCCGAAAUACGUGAAGUUAUUUCUAAAGUGGACGAUAUUCUAGAAAACUCUGAUGCACUUGAACAGUCCAAUAUUAGUUUGAGUUCGAUUUCUAGUCAAAACGAAAGAAAUUCAGUAUCAGUCAUAGAUGUAGCUGAAUAUUUGAUGGGAAUGUCCAAAGAAAUGGCAUCUGAAGUAAAACAUGAAAUUCGCGAAAUGGUCAAUCAGGUUGAUGAAAUGAUUUCUCCAGAUUAUGUUGGGUUGUGUUCGAGGAAAAGUUCACCGCCUCAGACGGGUCGCCAGAGAAUAGGUUCUGGUCCCGAAUUAGGAUUAGAUUUGAAAAGGGAAACCCAAUGCUUGAAGAAAUGUCCGACUAGUCCGGUACUUCCUUCGCAGUACGUUGAUGAAGACGACUCCCGUUAUUGUAAGAGAUCACCAACAACUCAGUCCCCGAAAUCUCAGUGUACUCCUUUACAUGAAGCAUCUGGUCCAAAUAGCAUUUCAUUCAAUUCGAGUGAUGCAUCGACACCAGAUACUAUUAUUCAAGUAGUGACAUGCCAGAAUUCUCCAGUCUUCCCUAAGUCAUCUAGCUCAAAUAAACUGUCUGAUGAUGAAGUUAAUUGCAAUGACGUAACAUGCAGACAAUGUAAUAAUAAGAAAGCUUGGUGCCAAAAUCCUUCAAUAAGUUCACAAGACAGUGGAAUCAAUAUGACAUUUACUGAGACAGAUUCCUAUAUUGACUUCGUAAAAUGGCGAACUUCCUCAGAUCCCACAACGAAUAAAGCAAAGAAAUUACAAGGCAGACUUCGAAUAUGUCAUAAGCAUGAGAAAAAUGAAGUGCCAGAUAUAAUAGAAGGUGUUCCUGUUUGUUCAGGCGAUCACAUCAGACAGACAAAGAGAUACGACAGUGCAGACUCGGGCAGAGUUGAAUUCCAAGUGACAGAUGAUGGAGAAAGACAGAACAGGACUGCGCUGGACUCGAAGCGAUCAAGUCGCUCCUCCAACGCCUCGUCCAGCUGUUCCGACAGGUCCUCUCGGUCCAGUGGCUACGGAACCGAUCACAGGCCUUCCAUCGAAGACCAUUGCUUUGACAGGAGUGAGUCAGAAUGCCGGCUCCUGAAGGAAGAGUGUUGCUGGGAAGAGGACCAGGACGACAGCAGCGCGUGCAGCGACUCCUCCUUGACAGACUUCACCUUCGACGACGAGGGCAAGUGGCACUGUCCACCCAAAGCCAUCUGGAAGUCCACUCUGGAAGCUUUACAGGAAUUCAGCAUGGUGCGCCCAGGGGACAAGGUGCUGGUCUGCCUGUCGGGCAGCCGCGAGUCGUUGGCGUUGCUUCACACCAUGCACCAAUACCAGUUCUACGCUCGCUCUAAAGGGACGCACUUCAGUAUUGGUGCACUAUUCGUGCAUGAAGAUAAAUCCGAGGUGGAUCCCCUUCACCUCAUGGCGUACUGUAGAACUUUAGGAGUUAAGUUCAUAUACCAAGACAAGUUGGAUGACAUCGACAGUGAAAGACGUAGCAACUCGAGCAAAGUUGCGGAGCUCCACCGUUGGUCUUCGCAUGCUACACGGCGGCGCGCCUACGCCGCGGCGCGUGCACACGGCUACGGCGUAGCGGCCGUAGCACAGAGUUUAGACCAUGCCGCGCGAGCGUUCUUAGCCGCUGCGCUACAUGCCGGAACACUUGCUACGAUAAAGGCACACUACAGAAUCAGAGAGCACGAUAUCCGCAUCAUCCGACCGUUCAUUUACGUGCGCGAGCGAGCGCUGCAAGCGUUUGCGCGCGCGCGCAUGUUGCCGGAUUUCCGUGCGCGGGAGCAGUCUCCGCCGCUCAGUCCGCGCAGUGAAGACAGCACGGACGAGACAGGAAAAAAUCAGCACAUCGAGCGAUCAGUGUCAGAGCCGUGUGGUGCUAAGGAGAAAAUGGCUGUACGAAGAUCAAUAGAGGAGAUUGGGGAGCCUUUGGAAACUGCCAGAGACCUGCUGCUCAGUCAAGAACAGUCGCAUCCCUACAUCUUCAACAGUCUGAAGAAUGCUUUACAUCCGCUGAUUAGCGCAAGAAACAUUGAGAAAGAUCUGAAGGAGCACAGACACAGGAAGAAAUCAGUGAUUCAAAUGAAGAACGGAGCGCCCGUGUACGACUCCGAGGAAGGGACAGAAGAAGAGCCGGUGCCAUAGACAACUGUCAAAACUCCGCCAAAAUUUACGUCAUUAUUGAUUAAUGUUUAAUUGUUUAUGUCGUGUCCUUAAGACUUUGUGAUGAUUACUCAGUGAUGAUUAUUGUGAUGAAACAUGAUAAUUAAAGCGUUGUAUACUGUUACGUAAUAUGUGUACUUUGUUGUGGUAAAUGUUGAAAGGCCAUAAUGAAAAUUACGUACAAUGUACGUGAAAAAACUUCAGAGUUAUUUACUUUUGAGAGAACAUUAGACUCGAGUUUUCCUAAAAGUCAAUGAAAAUAUUUAAUGCCAGAUACCUACACCAAAUAAGGUUGUAGACCUGUUUAACUAGUUACUCAUUCAAAAAUAAAUGGUCUGCAUUCUUAUCUCUUCUGAUAAUACAUCUAGGAAUGUUAUGUUGAGAGAGAAUAAUAAAAUCAAUCAUUAGCAUAGUUAAUAAAUCUUACAUUGUAAAAGCACAUGAGAUAUUGAGAACAUAAAUUAAAAUGAAAUAAAGUGUACAAAAUUGUUAUGCAAAAGAUAUUUUUUCUCUGAAGUAUAUGAUUCUAAAGUUAUAAUUGAUAUUUUUGAAUAACUGUGGAAUUGAGAACAAAGUGCAUUUGUUAGAGUCUGCUAUGAAUUAAUGUGUUUACGAUUAUUAUAUUUUUUAAAUGGUGUCGUGAAAUUGUUUGAAAGAAAAUUGUGUGUACAAUGCGGCCUAUUUAUUCUACCGUGUUAUUAAUUAAGUUAUUACAGAAUAAAUGUAUGUAAUAAAGUAUUUCUGACGAUUUCAUACUUAUAUUCGCAAUGCAAACUUCGGUUACGUCUCUGGGUUAACAAUUGUUACCUAUUCAUUUAUUAAGCAUCAGUAGAUUGUUUCUGAAUACCCGUAUAUUUUACUAAAAUAUAAAAAAAUAGGUAUUUAGAGUUGUUGUUAAAAAAUAAUCAAUUAUUAAUAUUAUAUAUUUUGGAUUAUUUUUUUAUUAAUGGUAUAGGUAAUUUUAAGUCACCAGAGAGGUUAAUUGCUGCGUCAGAAAAAAUUGGAUGAUAUUAUCUAUUUAUCGUUAAAACAAAAGAUAUUAAACGUAAUGGUUGUAACGUUUUACAAAUGUUGAAGUCUUGGAGAGAUUAAUUCAGUUAUCGAUCGUUAACAGAGUUAAAAUAUGAAUAUUUAUGGACAUAUAUUAUAUUUUAGACCUCGGUUCUGACAAAGUCAGCGAUUGUAGUUAUUUAUUGUUAAUUAGACCAUUCUGUUUCCUGAUAUGAUUGUUGAUUAAAAGCAGAGAGAUAAUGUUAGCGGGCGGCAGUAAAUUCAUAUUUUUUAUUUGACAUCGAAAGAUGACACCGCCAUGACACCAAGCUAGAUUAUUACACCAUAACAAUUGGCCGUUCGAGUAGUAUUAAUUAAAAAACAAUUCGUGCGUCAAAUUGUUGUAGAGUGAUAUGUAAGUUGAUGGUAGAUUUUGUAAUGGCAACAUCAACGUUCACGUUCCAUUUUGGAAUACAUUUUUUAAAAGUCGAAUUUGGAAUGUGGCUGCUGAUGUGAGACUGAUUUCGGAUUAGUUAGUGUAAAACCAUUUUUAUAUUUUCCUUGUAUAACUAACUUCGAAACUACUUAUUAUAUAGCCUUUUAUGUUUUUUAUAUAGUUUUUGCUGUUGAAGUUUAGCAGUUAUAUUUUUCAUUGCUAAAUGUCAUAAAAUUCCUAUAAUUAGGAUACGUAUGCUAAGUUGUAAUAUUGAAAUACAAAGAAGUCCCAUAAUAAUUGCUUCCAUGAUAAUUGUAUUCAUAUACAUUUUGUCGUAAAAUAAAAAUGUUUAAUUAAA